AAGCAUAACAUCUGGAAGCCAAAUGUUAGAAACAAUAUAAAAGGGCCAGCCCAACAAACCAGUGGGGCAUUUCUAAGCCAGAAAAAUCCUCAGGAUGGACCUUGUCCUUCUCUGGGUGUUCCUGCCUCUGGUGCCGGUGGCAUGGGGCCAGUAUGGUGACUAUUACUACGGCCCCUAUAACUACGGAGAUAAUGAUGAAUGGGUCAAUGUGUACCGGCAGGGUUUCAACUUCCAGUGCCCGCAUGGGCAGGUGAUCGUGGCCAUCAGGAGUGUCUUCAGCAAGAAGGAAGGCUCCGACAGACUGUGGAACUAUGCCUGCAUGCCGGCGGCCCAGAGCCUCGGUGAGCCGACAGAGUGCUGGUGGGAAGAGAUCAACAGGGCGGGAACUGAAUGGUACCAGACCUGCUCAAACAACGGGUUGGUGGCUGGUUUCCAGAGUCAGUAUUUUCCAUCUGUGCUUGACCGUGAAUGGCAAUUCUACUGCUGCCGCUACAGCCGGAGAUGCCCAUAUUCAUGCUGGUUAACAACAGAAUACCCGGGGCACUACGGAGAAGACAUGGACAUGAUGAUGUACACUUACGACUACUACAUCCGUGGGGCAACAACAACUUUCUCUGCUGUGGACAGGGAUCGUCAGUGGAAAUUCAUUGUCUGCAGGAUGACAGAGUAUGACUGCCCAUUCCAAAAUGUUUAAAAAUACUGAGUAUACUCAAAUUGGAAAGCUUGAGGAUGGACAAGGUGUGAUGAGGGUCAGUGAUUAUGGGUGAAAGGCAAUUAGGCUCACAAAAAAUGUAGCAGGACUCAUCAGCUGUCUGUUGAAUAUACAAUUCUUCCCUCUGGAGCUAUUCAAUAAAUUGCCAGCCCACAUGCUUGCAGCAGAAGUUUUGGAGGAUUCCUUUGAGCUGCACUGACAGUUGUAUCCCCCAACUAAUACUGCUUAGGACACACACAUGUUAAUGAUACACAAAUCUAUGUUAAUUACCUUUUUAUAUAUAUUCAUAUAUAUCCAUUCUGAAUACAUAAAAUUUCUUUCACAUAGCAACUUUAUAUAAAUUGCUUCCCAGCAGAGUCACUCCAAAUGAAGUGGAAACAUACUAUAAUCUUUCCAGAAAGCAGUAGUCUUUCCUGUCUUCUAAUUCUUACUUGGAACCAGCCCAGUGAUCUCUACCAGCUUCUCAGUGUUUAGUAGCUAAAAGUGUGCAGAAAGCAGUACCAGCAGGUCUUUGACAAAAUUCAUUUGGGGUUACAAGUUACAGUCUCCAGCAGAACUUCAUCGCUACAAAUGUCUUCCUACAUAGGGAAAUUCCAGGUACUUACAACUGGAAGAUAUCAGUACCUGUUUAAAAUCAUCGCAGAUCCAUCAAUAAAAGCAAAACCCUAACCUAGCUUUACUGAGAGUCUAAUUUAUACUGUCCUAAAAAUUUUCAAUGACAUAACCAAUUGGGAGAUCUUUUUUAGGUAAACCCAGGGACAGGUCAGGCCAGGCCACUUCCUCAGUAAAUAUGCAUACUGUAUUUGUCAGGAAUCUACUUUUCAUGUGGACUGGGUUUCCACUGUGGGUGCCUGUACCACCCUUGGUAAUAUAUACUUGGCUUAGAAUAGAAAAAUAAAGUUAAUGAUCUAGAUGACCUCAGUUCCUCCGACUUGCAUAUAUCAUUUCCUGCAAAGAAUGAGCUGACCAUGUUUUCAAAGCUGUACAGCAGUUGUGCAGUGGUAGUCCAACAAGAAAGACUGCUAUCUCUUCCAGGAAGAUCCAAGGUAGGAUUUUUGCUUAGAGCAUAUCAGGGUUCAGUUUCUUGGCUCAUUAAUUCAAUGACAAACUUAGAGGUUUCAGCAGCACUGGCUCAAGAGCUAUGAUGAUGCCAGCUACCAAUUUAAGAUUAUAAGCUUCAUAAGAAACAGUGGUGACAGUCAGUUUCCAUGCUCCAAGCACUUUUAAUAUAUUUUUACUAGCAUACUCUCAAAUGUGAGCAUUAAAACUACACUUGUCCAAUAAAUGAAUAAUAGAUUUGGCAUUGC